AUGGACUACCCCGCCCCCAGAAUUCACCCGCCCAUCACGAUGGACACUGAACAGCCCGUUAUAUGCAUCAGAUAUCGCGCCGCCUGGCCUUCCCUUCCCCGACUGCCCCUAGACAAUUCACGAACGCAACUACCAACCAGUAUCCAGGAUCGACAAGGCCAAAUCUUCGACCGAGUUGAGAGGAUCCUCCGAAAGAACAACAUCCUAGGGCCAGAGACUGAAAUCGAACUGGUUGUACGCCGAAUGAACCCAACUGUCUUGAUCAAAUCAUCAUGGAAGCAAGACAGCAAGACAAAGUGGGCGCAAGCGGUCGAACAAAUCGUGGAUGCCAUGAAGAAACACUUCCGAAGCGCAAUCGAGAGAGGCCUUCACGUUGAGAUGAUAGCACCGCAAAAGUACGAGACGGUGUACAUCGGCGUGGUGGAGGAAGAAGAGGUACCAUGGGACGACAUUCGAGCUAUUGCCAAGCGCCAUCUCGACUCCUCUUCCGCAACACGCAACUUUCUAAGCACUCUCACCCUCACCAGAAGAGGAUUCUCCAAGCCCGAGGAGAACCCGAUCACCGUGUUCAUUGGAUGCCUUGAAGAUUCCGACGAGACCAAGUGGGAUGAGAUUAUUGAUGGCAUCGAGUCCGAGUUUCGUGAGAGGGGAUGGAUGGACAUUGUUGUGCACAUUGAGCACAAUUGGCCAUUCACUAGGAUGACUAUUGACUAA